CCACCAUGUCGACCGCAAAGGACACCGGGAAGCACUACCGCACCGAAUGCACCGGCCUCGCUCUGGAGACCGUCAAGCAACACUCCGAGCCGGCAGACAUCACAUUUUACGGCGCAUGUUUCUGCCCGUUCGUCCAGCGAGCAUGGGUCGCGCUUGAGUACCUGGGCAUUCCGUACCGUUACUAUGAAGUUGACCCGUACAAGAAACCGCAAGAGCUCCUCGAGGUCUCUCCCAAGGGUCUUGUCCCCGGGCUGAAGCUCCACACUUUCCACCCCCCGCGCGGGCUGAGCGAGAGCACUGUCAUCAUGGAAUACCUCGAAGAUCUGGCAGCGAACACGACCAAACACGCACUCCUUCCCCCCAUCACUGACUCCUAUGCACGCGCACUCAUCCGCCUUCAAUCGGAUCACAUCAACCGCACCCUCGUCCCCGCCUUCUACCGCUUCCUCCAGGCCCAAGACCCAGAUUCACAAAUCUCCGCCGGGCAGGAAUUCCACGCCGCCCUCGAAGACCUCGCCGCCCACUUCGGUCGUGCUGAAUGCGAGGGCGUGUCUGCUGCCCUCGGGCUGUGGAGGGAGGACGGUGACCUCAGCUGGACGGACGUCAUGGCGGGGCCUUGGUUGUUCCGGGCUUCUAACGUUCUAGCCCACUACCGCUUCUUCACUCUCCCGGAGGGACUCAAGUUUCGCGCCUACCUCGACAGGCUGUUCAACCACCCCGUUUUCAAGCGAACUUGCAGCACCGAGGAUUUGUACCUUGACAGUUACGAGAGGUAUGCAUGGAAUCGCCCGAAUACGAGUCAGGUUGCAAAUGCAAUCAACUCGGGGCGAGGGUUACCAUAGGGUCCAUGAAGCAUGUAUCACAUCCCGUGUAAUUUCUCUGCUGUAUGAAUGCAUCCAAUGCGUAUCUGCUUUGUCG